AUCCAUCUUAGUUUGUACCAAAAACAUUACUUCUCAUCAAACAUCAUGGCUACCUCACAAAUAGCUAUUAUUGUGCUUCUAGGAUUACUUGUCGCCACCAACAUUCACAUAACAGAGGCUCAAAUAGGUGUUUGUUAUGGAAUGAUGGGGAACAACUUGCCAUCACAUUCUGAAGUUAUACAGCUCUACAAGUCGAGAAACAUUAGAAGACUGAGGCUUUAUGAUCCAAAUCAUGGAGCUUUGAAUGCGCUAAGAGGAUCAAACAUUGAAGUGAUAUUAGGACUUCCAAAUGUAGAUGUGAAACACAUUUCUUCUGGGAUGGAACACGCGAGAUGGUGGGUACAGAAGAACGUUAGAGAUUUCUGGCCUCAUGUUAAAAUUAAGUAUAUAGCUGUUGGUAAUGAAAUCAGCCCUGUUACUGGCACUUCCAAUCUUGCCCCAUUUCAAGUUCCUGCUUUGGUUAACAUUUACAAAGCAAUCGGUGAAGCUGGUUUGGGAAAUGACAUUAAGGUCUCAACGUCUGUAGACAUGACGUUGAUUGGCAAUUCUUAUCCACCAUCACAGGGUUCAUUUAGGAACGAUGUUAGAUGGUUUACUGAUCCAAUUGUUGGGUUUUUGAGGGAUACACGUGCACCUUUGCUCGUUAACAUUUAUCCUUAUUUUAGCUAUUCUGGUAAUCCAGGACAGAUUUCACUUCCGUAUGCUCUUUUUACAGCACCUAAUGUAGUGGUACAAGAUGGAUCGCGUCAAUAUAGGAACUUAUUUGAUGCUAUGUUGGAUUCUGUUUAUGCUGCGAUGGAUCGAACAGGAGGAGGAUCUGUAGGAAUAGUUGUGUCAGAGAGUGGAUGGCCAUCUGCUGGUGCAUUUGGUGCAACACAUGAAAAUGCACAAACAUACUUGAGGAACUUAAUUCAACAUGCUAAAGAAGGUAGUCCGAGAAAGCCUGGACCUAUAGAGACUUAUAUAUUCGCCAUGUUUGAUGAGAAUAACAAGAAUCCAGAGCUUGAGAAGCAUUUUGGAAUGUUUUCACCAAACAAGCAGCCAAAAUACAACCUAAACUUUGGGGUGUCUGAAAGAGUUUGGGACAUUACUAAUAGCACUGCUUCUUCACUCACUAGUGAGAUUUAAAAAGACAUAUUUGAAAGCAUAUAUAUAGUAUCUUCAUGCAAUUUUAUGUUUGUAUGCAACACCAAAUAAAUUCGUAGGGGGAACUUUUAAAAUUCCUUUUGUUUGUCAUUCUGGAAUGAAACUUUUUGUAAGGUUGUAUAUUUCAAUACACCAUCAAUUACAUUAUUUCCAUGUUUGAUUACACUCUGAUCUGGUAACUGCAAAUUUUAAUUAUCACACAUAUCAAUCAAGUUCUAUGA